GUUUUGAUGUAUUCAAUUUUGAUACAUCUAAAUUUGAUGCAUCUGAAUUUGAUGCAUCUGAUAUUGAUGCUUCUGAAAUUGAAGUAUCUAAUAUUAAUAUAUUCAAAAUUGAUAUAUUCAAAAUUGAUAUAUUUGAAAUUGAUAUAUCAGAUUUUGAUGUAUCUGAUUUUGAAUUUUUAUCUAUUAUUUCAUUAUUAAAAAUAUCUAAUACUGAGAAUAUUUGA